UGCGGAGAUGGGAAAGCGAAUGUCUCCACGCUCUCUUCCAUAACCACGCCGCGCCACCUUGCCCCCUCCGUAACUAUCAGUGGGCGCGCACUACAUCUAUUCGCACGUGUUGGAGGUGAGACUCCGCCAUUUUCACAAUGAAUGCCUCCGUGCCGCUGAUCCUAGUAGUGAUGCUGGCGGCUCGAGUGGCCCACUCAGCCAGGAUCCUGGGCAUCGUCCCGACGGCCUCCAUCAGCCACCAGCUGCCUUUCAGACUGAUAGCUCUCGAGCUCGCCAAGAGAGGCCAUCAGGUCACAGUCAUGACAACGGACCCGAUAAGAAAAAACAUCCAGAAUUUUACAGAAAUUGAUCUGUCGAUGACAUACGACUAUUGGAGAAAAACAUUUGACUUCACUUCGUUGUCAGACGAAAGUCCAAUUGAAGUAAUGGAAACAUGGGCUCCUACUGCAAAGUCGAUGUGUGAGAUCCAGUUAGAAUCCCAACAGAUGAAGGAUUUUCUCCGGUAAUUAUGUUGUCUGAAUU